AUGCAUUGUGUUUUUGCUGAGCUGGAGCCGUUUAUUCCCGUCACGGAACAAAACCUGGCAGACCGAGUUUGGUACAUGAUGCGGUCGAAAAUAUUUGAUGCCGAACUCGAACAACUACGACGUGAGGCUAUUCCCUCAUCGAAUGAAUCGACGACGGCUAUGGCUGGGGAUGCGGCUCCACAUGCGACAGACCACAUGCUGGCGACCUAUUUGGAAGCCAGCCAGGACCUUUGCGAGACGGACCCAAUUCUUUUUGGCGCCGCAAUGGCAGUUUGCCGUAUUGUUGGCUCCAAACUUCCCAUGGCUGGACGCGCUGUUAGACAAAGUAGCGCCAUUCGAGCCUGGAGGAAACGAAUUGAGGACCGUAUCACAAAGUCAAGGGCUCUUAUCGGCAGACUGACCAGCUUCAGGUCAGGUAAUAUAGACCGAGGGUUGUGCGUACCGUUAUAA